AAUAAUCCACCAAUAAAUAAUUAGUUGCAGAGAUCGUCGAAGUCGUCGUCGUCUUCAAAGUAUUCCCUAUCUUAGCUGGUUCGGAACGUGAAAAUCUCACUUAUUUAUAAAAGUCCAACCCUUCCAGAAGGGCUUUAUAUUUUUCUAGUGCUUAUAAUAGUCAUUCAAUUAUUUAAUUUUCAAAAGGGGGCUCUCUGGUCGUUGUCGUUGUCGUCGUCUUCUUCUUCUUCGUCUUUCUCGAAAAAGAGAAGCUAGGUUUUCGUAUCCAGUUCUGGUAACAGAAAAAUCUUAUCGCCAUGGGGGCGGAGCAGCAGCUGGAAAAGAUGCAGGAGCGCCAGAACUACCGCAACGUCUGGCACACCGAUCUCACCAGCGCCAUUGGGGCCGACUGUCCUUAUUGCUGCUUAGCAGUGUGGUGUGCCCCAUGUGUGUCCUACUUGCUUCGGAAGCGAGCGCUUUAUAAUGACAUGUCAAGGUAUGUUUGCUGUGCUGGUUAUAUGCCCUGCAGUGGUCGAUGUGGAGAAAGCCAUUGUCCUGAAUUGUGCCUUUGCACCGAGGUUUUCCUCUGCUUCGGAAAUUCAGUAGCCUCAACACGAUUUCUGUUGCAAGAUGAGUUCAACAUACAGACAACACAAUGUGAUAAUUGCAUUAUUGGUUUCAUGGUCUGCCUACAACAAAUUGCAUGCAUAUUUUCCAUAAUUGCGUGCAUUGUUGGAAGUGAUGAACUUCGAGAGGCUUCUCAGAUACUAAAUUGUUUGGCAGAUCUGGUUUAUUGCUCAGUUUGUGCAUGCAUGCAGACACAACACAAGGUCGAAAUGGACAAACGUGAUGGGAAGUUUGGGCCACAGCCGGCGAUGGCAGUUCCCCCUGUCCAGCAGAUGUCACGGCUUGAUCAGCAAUAUCCUCCCGCUGUUGGAUAUGCUCCUCAACCUGCUUAUGGACAGCCCUAUGGUUAUCCGCCCCCUGCUCAGGCUCAAGGCUACCCUCCAGCCGGUUAUCCUCCUCCUGCUCAGGCUCAAGCCUACCCUCCAGCCGGUUAUCCUCCCCCUGCCUAUCAAAAGUGAUCCUUCUGGUGUGUGGUACAUUGUUUGCUAGAAAAAAAAUCGUAUUAUACUUACCUGCGUAUCAACAAUUGUUGGCAUGGCAUGCUAUUAUAUUGAACUUGGAGGAGUGGUAUGGUGAUUAGUUCUUGGUGUGUUUUAAAUAAUUGAUUAUAGAUUGAAAACAAAUUACUUGUCAAACAUAGAUAUAACCCAAAUAUUAUACCCUCUUAUUUAUUUACCUACAA